AAUUAAAUUUCAUCACCCCCAUCAAAGUAACCAUUCAACGACCCUCUCUCUGAGCCAUAUUGUCUAACGUCUCAACCACCAUGCGCUCAUCAUCCAAAUGCUACCCGUAGACUCUGAUCGCACCGUCCAUCUCCUCCAAGUUCCCAAUCCUGAGGCACUCCACCGUCUAUAUAUCUAUGCACCCAUCUAAGCCACUCCCCACCGCUCAUACUCCUCGAGAUGGCGCCAUCCACCUCCAUCUACGGCCCUGAUUCCAUAUACCACUCUCCCCGCCCUCCAGUCCACUUCCCCCCAGAUCCCAACCUCUCCAUCCUCUCCUUCCUCUCUGCCGCCGCCUCCGGCCAUCCCCACCGCAUCGCCCUCGCAGACUCCGACACCGACGAGACACUCUCCUUCUCCGAUCUCCUCUCUCUGAUCCCUCGCGCCGGGCUCGGCCUAUCCCGCCGCCUCGGCGUCACCUGCAACUCCGUCGUCCUCAUCUUCGCCCCCAACUCCACCGAUUUCCUCGUCUGCUUCCUCGCCAUCACCGCCCUCGGCGCAAUCGCCACCACCGUCAACCCCCUCUACACCAUCCCCGAGCUCUCCAAGCAGGCACAGGAUUCCGGCGCCUCCGUCGUCAUCACCAUCCCCGAUCUCUGGCCCAAGGUCCGCAAUCUCAAUCUCCCUACCAUAUUCCUCUCACCCCCAAUCCCUUCCUUCGAUUCCGACUCAAUCCCUAUCACAUUCUUCUCCGAUCUCAUCGCUCACGAUGGAUCCGAGUUCAUCCAGCCUGCAAUCCACCAAACCGACAUCGCUGCCCUCCUCUACUCUUCAGGUACCACUGGGCCGAGCAAGGGAGUGAUCUUGACUCAUCGAAACUUCAUCUGCACCGCGAUCGCCGCUACCGCCGACCAAGAAAUAGUCGGCGACCCGCCGAACGUGUUCCUAUGUUUCGCGCCGUUGUUUCACAUCCUGGGAUUGUCGGUGAUCGCUUACGCGCAGUUGUGGAGGGGAAAUAGCGUGGUGAUCAUGAAGAGGUACGAGAUGGGGAGGAUGCUGAGAUCGAUCGAGAGAUUUAAGGUGACGCAUCUUUACCUCGUGCCGCCGGUGAUGAUCGCGCUAGCGAAACAGGGGAGGAUCACCGAGUACGAUGUUUCGUCGCUAAGGUGCUUGGCGACCGGCGCGGCGCCGUUGCGGAAAGAUGUGAUGGAGGAGGUGGCCAAGAUGCUUCCAAACGCCGAGAUUAUGCAGGGUUAUGGUUUAACAGAGUCUUGUGGAACUGUCUCAAUGGGAUAUUCUUUUGGAAAAGCUCAGCAAUUUGGUUCUUCUGGGUACCUUAUUCCUGGAGUUGAAGGUAAAGUUGUAAGUGUAGACACAUUGCAGCUUCUUCCACCAAAUCAAGUGGGAGAAUUAUGCUUUCGUGGACCAAAUAUUAUGCAAGGUUAUUUUAAGAAUCCACAAGCGACAAACGAGACCCUAAAGGAUGGGUGGUUGCAUAGUGGUGAUCUUGGAUAUUUCGACGACAAUGGCCAAUUAUUUGUUGUUGAUCGAAUAAAAGAGCUUAUCAAAUGCAAAGGAUUCCAGGUUGCACCUGCUGAACUUGAAGGAUUGCUUCUUUCACACCCUGAGAUAUUAGAUGUUGUCGUCAUCCCAUUUCCGGAUGAUGAAGCUGGUGAGGUUCCUAUAGCUUAUGUUGUUUGCUCUGCUCAGAGUUCACUAACAGAAGAGGAUGUUCAGAAGUUUAUUUUUGAGCAGGUUGCACCGUACAAGAGGCUGAGGCGAGUGACCUUUGUGAAGAGCAUCCCGAAAUCAGCUUCUGGUAAAAUAUUGAGAAGAGAAUUUAUUGCUAAAGUUAAGGCAAAAUUGUAGAGAAGUUUUAUCUAUACUUAAAUUUUAUGGACAACACGAUAUGCCCCUUGUGUUUGUUACUUCGAAAUUAGAUUUACUUUGCGAAACCGUAGAAAGUCGAAGGCAAAAUUGUAAAAUGUUUUUAAUGCAAACUGUUUAUUAGUUCAUGUUUGAUG